AUGGGGGAUACCAAUACAACAUACUUCCAUGCGUGUAUGAAGAACAGAUAUGCACAGAAUAGUAUAAAAUCUCUAAAGAAUGCCGCAGGAGAUAUAAUACAAGAUGCCCGGGGGAUAGAAGAUGAAAUACUGAGUUUCUACAAGGGUCUUCUUGGGGCUGCAAACAAUCAAAUACAUGCUAUAAGGCCCGAUAUCAUGAAGAAUGGUCCUAUGUUGAAUAGAGCUCAACAACUACAACUUAUCAGGCCUGUCACCAGUGAUGAGAUACAUCAAGCAAUGAACAACAUAGAAUGCUCUAAAGCACCUGGCUGUGAUGGAUAUAAUUCUCUAUUCUUCAAAAGGACAUGGUCUAUAACGGGAGGGGAUAUCAAUCAAGCCGUCAAAGAAUUUUUCAGCACAUCAGUGAUGUACAGAGCUAUCAACUGUACCUCUGUCACUCUAAUACCCAAAGUGAAGAAUCCUCUGACCAUCAAGGAAUACAGGCCAAUAUCUUGCUGCACAGUACUUUACAAAAUAAUAUCCAAAAUACUUACUAGCAGAUUACAGGAGGUAAUGGAUGGGUUGAUAGACAAAUGUCAAGCAGCCUUUGUACCUGGGAGAUUGAUAUCCGAUAAUAUAAUCAUGAGUCAGGAACUGUUUCAUCAGAUGGAUAAUGACAUGUGUUACCACAGUGUCAUAUUCUAUAAUUAUCAAUGGUACUCCCAGUGCUCCUUUCCCAGCAAAGAAAGGCCUAAGGCAAGGAAAUCCAUUAUCCCUCUUUCUGUUUGUCAUUGCAAUGGACUAUUUGAGCAGAAACUUGAGGAGUUUUCAAGCGUCUCUGGGCUUAUUGCAAAUAAAGACAAGAGCUCCAUAUAUUUUGGUGGUGUUCCUAAUGAAGAACAAAGGAGAAUACUGUGCUUCUUGGGUAUCCCUAAGGGUGAAUUACCAAUAAAGUAUCUCGGAGUCCCUCUUUGCGCUAAAAGAAUAUUUGUAGUCCAAUACCAGCCCCUACUUGAAAAGAUGUUGGGAAGAAUUACCUCUUGGACUACCAAGUUUCUGUCUUACACUGGUAGAAUGCAACUGCUAAAGAGUGUCCUCAUCUCUAUACAAGUCUUUUGGUCCCAGCUGUUCGUGCUGCCUAAGAAAGUGAUAAAAAUGAUUGAAGCAAUCUGCAGAACCUUUUUGUGGACAUGGGGUAUAGAUGUAUCAAAAAAGGCUCUACUAGCUUGGGACAAAAUAUGCGGCCCUAAAGAAGCCGGGGAUGGAAUGUUCUUGACAUUACAAUAUGGAAUAGAGCAUCCAUAA